AUGGCCCCGAUGGUCUUGUUGAAGUUCCAUCCUAAAGUCACAACUAAGGCUGUGGACUGGCUCAUGGGCAAGAUCUCAGCGCCUGAAUCCCAGGGUGGAGCCGACCUACCGUGCAGACUGCUGGGCAACUCAAAGCAAGGGGAGCCAGCGGUGGUGGUGGGCGCCAGCAUUGAACGGCUGCUCCUGGAAGCUGACGAGUCCAUCCUCUUCCGACACAAGCCAUAUAGUUCAGCUGUCAGACUGUGCGAGGCAGUGUGUUCAGACGCACAAGGGGUUAACCUGGGACCAGAGACACAAGGAGAGGUCAAACCAGGGGAGGCGGACGAGGAGAGGAGAAGCGCGGCCGACGGCCUUCACGGGAUGAUCUCGUCUGCCGAGGCCGUGAGCCUGCUGCUGAAAGUUCUGGGCCAGCUGAAGGUGGGUGACGCGGAGGAGGUGAACGUCCUCCCAAACGUCUCCCUCACCCCUGGCGAGCCGGUCAUCAGCAGCAUGCUUCACCACGGUGCCAUCACGGCGGCAUACCCCCUCCACGAGGUGCCGGUUCUCAAACACCUGGAAAGGAAAUGGCGAGCCAGCUGGUUUGGUUUCAAACCCUUUUGCCAGCGGGAGAUCCUGGAGGACAUCAUGGAUUACUUUGGGAGGCCCGUGGCACUCUACUUUGGCCUCAUGUGGACGCUGGCCAACGCUCUCCUGCAGAAGUCCGUGCUGUACCUGUGUCUGCACCUCUGCCUGAUGCAGGAGUGCAACGCGCCGCUCCUCUCGUUCGCCGGCGUGGUGUGGUCGAGGCUCUUCCUACGCGGCUGGAGGCUGAAGAGCGAAGCUCUGAAGGCUGAAUGGGGGUCCGGGGAGCCCAUGCAAAGACAUUGGCCCUUUGGGUCUCCACCUUCCACUCGCCAGAACCAAGAGAACCUCUCGGCUGACACAGGCUGGAAAAGGAUCCCACGCUCAGUUCUUUUCCUGACCAUCACGGUUUCCAUGACCUCCAUGGUGACUGCCACUUACCUUUAUCUAGAUGAGACAUUUAAGAACCAUUUCUCAGCAGACAAACCCAAAUCCCCAUAUUCCCAUCUGUGCCUCUACCUCCCAGAUGUCUUCCUGUCUGUUACUAUGACGGCUUUGGACUGGUUUGCCGUAGAGUUGUCAGGGCACCUCAACUCGAGAUCAGCUUCUCCCAGCUCUUCGAGUUCUCCAGGAAGUCAGCACUCCAGCCAGCAGCCCCACCUACUACCUGAGCUUGUCAUGUUUUGCUUAUUCAAUCACUUCGGUGUGCAUUUUUACCAAGCGCUGCAGCUGAGAGAGCUCUCUGGCGUGGGUCAGCGCAUCUCUGUCCAGCUGGCCACUCAGUGCGCCCUGAACCUGCUCCUCAGCCUCCUCCUGCCCUGCGCCAAACAGCGGGCAGUCCGGGGGACGGACUGGACCACGGCCGGCGUGCUCCCGGUGCUGCAGCAGAUCCAGAGGCAGUGCGACUGGCCGUCCUUCGACAACAGCCAGACGCGCUGCUACCUGGAGCUGCUCACCUCGUACGGCUACGUCAUGCUCUUCUCCAGCGUGAGUCCCCAGUGCGUGCUCUGGUGCUGGGCGGCCAUGUUCCUGAAGUCCUGGCUGGACAUGUGGCGUCUGGGCUGGGCGGUGUGCCGUCCGCUCCCGUGCGAGGCGCCCGCCGCCGGCGUCGGCGUCGUCGUUUGGCAGGAGGUGUUCCUGGUGGUGGAGACGCUAGCCGUCCUGGGCAACACCGUCCUGCUGCAGAGCUCGGCCGAGGCGGAGGAGCUGCUGCGCGACCUGAGCCCGUGGGAGCGGACGCAGCUGGCCCUGGGGCUGCAGCUGUUCCUGCUGGCGCUGGGGGGCACCGCCGCCAACCUGGCGUUCGGCUUCUUCCGCGCUGUCGGCUGGCACGCAGAGCAGCCCGAUGGGCAGCGCCAACACAGGCACUACAGGAUCCACCGACAGCAGCAGCAGCACCAGAGGCUGCCACCAGAGGCUAACGAGUAA